AUCAACCAGAGGUUCAGUCAGAAGUCAGAGCUGGAGCACAGAUUAUAGUUUAUAUAGUUUAUAGCACAUGGACAAUAUUUACAGAUGGAAACAUAUGUACAGGUGAGUGAGCUACUUUAAACAUAUACAGACGAGCAGAUUGUGUAUUUAUUUCAAAUUGGAUAAAUAGGUAUAAACUGUAAAUUUAAAGGUGGUAGCUCGUAUACACAUGAGAUUAGAAUAUCUGAAUGGAGUUGUGUGGAUGUCACCUGGUGGCGAACACACCUUUAGGUCAUGUGACGAGUUACUGGUGGAGCUGCUUUUUUUUUAAUAUAUCUUUGUCAUAGUUUGUCUGUGGAAGCUCGGAGUCAUCCAGAUCUUGGUAAUCCCAAAGGCAUUUCAGAAAAGCACCUUGUAGAGUUUCCUUGUGAACGCCUUGUGGAUUUCUCAACAGUUUCCAUGUGAGCUGUUUCCUCAUCGCCAUGACUCACCUGUGUGGGCGGGGCCUCAGUAUUAAUUAUUGAUCGUGGGCUGUAAGCAGCAUCCAGACACAAAUAUAAACCUAACGCGUGUUAUUCAUCUAACAGUAUUUCACCUUGACAUCACAUUUUAUUUUAAAAUCAAAAAAACACCAAAUAACUAAUUGUAUUUAUUGUGAGCUUUUAUUUUGAAGUCUCGAAUCUCCGGUAGAUCAGCUGACCGUGUCCCGGUCUGCUGACUGUCAAACCCCGUAAACUCUCACCGAAACUCGGACCAGCCUCGCGGACCGACACCGGUCUUUGAGCCCAGGUAGCGGAGCUCCUGACUCGGACUGGUUCCAGACCGACCUGUGGCCUUCAACCUCCGAACUCGACGCUCCCGGAGCCGGACGCGGUCUCUCUCCUAGGCCGGUCAGCUGGUCGACUCCACCCCGAGGCUGUGUGACUCCCGGCCGGGGACCCGCGGACCGCCAUGGCCGUGCUGGACCUCGCCAUGCAGGGCCUCGCCGUGUUCGGCUUCAUCCUGUUCCUGGUUCUGUGGCUCAUGCACUUCAUGUCCAUCAUCUACGUGAGGCUCCACCUCCACAAGAAGAGGUCAGAGGUCAAGCAGCCGUUCAUCCAGACGUCCGGCGUCUCUCUCCUGAAGCCUCUGAAGGGCGUCGACCCCAACCUCAUCUCCAACCUGGAGACCUUCUUCACCCUGGACUACCCCCAGUACGAGGUCCUGCUCUGCAUUCAGGACCAGGACGAUCCGGCUGUUGACGUCUGUAAGAAGUUGUUGGGGAAAUAUCCCAACGUGGACGCUCGCCUCUUCAUCGGGGGAAAGAAAGUUGGAAUCAACCCCAAGAUCAACAACCUGAUGCCGGGCUACGAGGCGGCUAAGUACAGCCUGGUGUGGAUCUGUGACAGCGGCAUCAGAGUGAAACCCGACACACUGACAGAUAUGACCAAUCAGAUGACAGAGGGGGUGGGGCUAGUCCACGGGCUGCCGUACGUCGCCGACCGCCAAGGCUUCGCCGCCACGCUGGAGCAGGUGUACUUCGGGACGUCCCACCCCCGCUCCUACAUCUCGGCCAACGUGACCGGGAUCAAGUGUGUGACUGGGAUGUCGUGUCUGAUGAGGAAGGACGUCCUGGAUCAGGCUGGGGGGCUCGUGGCCUUCGCACAGUACAUCGCAGAGGACUACUUCAUGGCCAAAGCCAUCGCAGACAGAGGAUGGAAGUUCUCCAUGUCGACUCAGGUGGCGCUGCAGAACUCUGGCUCCUACUCCAUUGGCCAGUUCCAGUCCCGCAUGAUCAGGUGGACCAAGCUGAGGGUCAACAUGCUUCCUGGAACCGUCCUUGAACCCAUCUCUGAGUGCUUCCUGGCCAGCCUCAUCAUUGGCUGGGCGGCUCAUCACGUCUUUAGGUGGGACAUGAUGGUGUUCUUCAUGUGUCACUGUCUGGCCUGGUUCAUCUCUGACUACAUCCAGCUCACUGGGGUCCAGGGGGGUCCUCUCUGCUUCUCUAAGCUGGACUUCGCUGUGGCCUGGUUCAUCCGGGAGUCGAUGGCGGUUCAGAUCUUCCUGUCGGCUCUUUGGGACCCGACCAUCAGCUGGAGGACCGGACGCUACCGCCUCCGCUGUGGAGGCACGGCCGAGGAGAUCCUCGACGUCUAGUCGCCACGGCAACCUCGCCCCGAGGCGGAGUCGCCGCGGCAACCACGCCCCAGUGGCAGAGACCGAUGUGAAUUUUUUUUUUAGAGAAUAAACUGAGAGCGUCUUUUUAACUAUUUAUGUUCCUUUUGGUGCUAAAACUUAAACGCCAGAACAAGCCAAUGAGAGCGCAGGACGGAGGGACACGCCCCCCGGAGGGACACGCCCCCCCGGAGGGACACGCCCACCGGAGGGAGAGAAGAGAGAAUCAGCCAGUCAGGACCCAGAAGCUCCUGACUGGAACAAACACACAAACAGGAAAUAACAAAGUUUAUGGGUUGUGGUGAAAAGCUGGACGUCUGUUUUCUUCUUCUGUGGUGGAAGGAAACAAAAUGAAAACCCAUCUUCUUCUCUUCGUCCUUUUCUGAGGAAACUGUUCGAACUCAACAAUCGAUUCAUCUUAAAACUCAUGGACAUCAGUGUUAGCAUGUAGCCUCAGCGCUAACGCUACACAGCUAACGCUACAGGACGGGACGACUGCUUCCAGAAACAGAACAAGGAGCUAAAAGAGGCUAAAGAGGCUUUGUCUUGAUUUAAAUUAAAACUGAAAACAUGAAUCAUCUGAUGACCUCCGGUCUGAAAUCUACUAGUUCUACUUAGAACCAGGUCUGACCAGAACCAGGAUCAGUUCCCAACGGAGAGAUCGGAUCAACUCUCCAGCACUGACUUCAAAUCUGUGACGCUAUGGUCACAACAUUUCACACAUAGAACGCAACAUACAACACAUAGAACAUAGAACACAGAACACAACAUUUCACACAUAGAACGCAACAUACAACACACAGAACACAACAUACAACACAUAGAAC